UGGACCAGGUUGCUCAAAGCCACAUGCAGCCUGGCUUUGAACACUUUGAGGAACAGGAUCUCUGGAUGUUUCAGAAUGUUUGGUAUUGCUUUUGCAGCUCUUCUCCCACAGGUGGUGUGGUGCUCUGCAGAGCAAACGGGACUCUGAGCAUGCCCUGGGGCUCCAGGCAGGAGGGCACCUGCCCAGCCUGGCUGUGGGAGCUUCAGUUCAGGGUUUUUUCCCUCAGGACACAAGAACAGGGGUGUCUAUGCUGUAACAAUUCCUCUAAAUCAUCGUGUCCCCUCAGCUGUGCUGCCUGUGGGUGUGGGGUGAGAGGGUUACCAGGAAUCCUUUUGGUCUGUGGGAUGGAUUUGAAGGAGAACACCCCAGGGCCCUUCCUGUGCUGGGCAUGGGCAGGCUCCACCUGCCCCCAAAGCCCUGACUUGCUCUGGAGGUGUGCCUGAGCAAUUUGGGUCUGCUCUGCAUUCCCUCCUGCCAUCAGCUGGCCUCUGUGUGAAUGAGGAGGUACAAGCUGUGCAAAGCUGCUCUCCCUCUUUGGGGUGUCUAAUAAAGGAUUCCAGUUACUCUGAAGCCAUCAGAAGACUUAGACACACACAUUCCCUUUCUGUCCCCAACUGCCUGUUCCACAGGAUCUUGUGGGAACUUGGUAAAUCUGAAUCCUUUGUCCCUCUGCCAAAGCUCCAGGAAUACUGGCUGCUGGGGAGCUGGACACACAAGCACUGUGUGCUCUUACAAGCUCCUGGUGUAAAGAUGUCAGGCUAAAAUCAGGUAUUUCAGUUGCUAAGCUUUGAUUUUCCACUUCUAACCAAAUGAGCUGUGUCAUUUCAGCCCUGAGGAAGCUGGCCACUGUUCCUCUCCACUUCCAAGCCCUGAUUUGGAUGAAAUUGUCUUAAAUCAAUAAAGGGAAUAGUGAAGCUCAUUGCAGGAGAUGCAUCUUCAUUAAUCUAUUGUCAUUUGGUAUCACCAGGCAGGGAACUGUCCUCUUUCUUCCUCGCAAUAUGUCAGAUUUUUUUUGUGGCUUUGAGAAUGUUCCUUCUUUUCCUUCCUCCUCGUAUCUGUCUGUGAUUGUUUUCUGACCAGCAUUCAUCGCUUCUCAGGGAAUCGGUGCCUUUCAGAUCACCUUAAAGAAAACCCCAAAACCAGAUGUGAACAACCUCCAGAGCUAACAAAGCACCAGCAGGAGGCUGGGGCUGCCCAGCAGGGCAUGGGUGAGAGCAGCUCUGCUCUGCCUGCUGCUCCCCCUCCUUCUCCCACCUCCUCCAAGCUCGGCCCCUCUCGCCUUGCUCCAGCUGGAGCCACAGGUUUAUCUGGAGGCGAGGAGUCUCUGCUCUGUAAGCUGAGACCUGGGAGGAGGAGGAGGGAUCUGCUGGACCCUGAGGAGAAAGGGUUUGGCUGCCCUGGAGGAAAGGGAGAGAGGCAGAGCCUGGGCACCAUGGCUGGAUUCUCUGCUCUUGGGCUCCUCUCCCUGUGUCAGCUCUUGGCCACAGCAUCAGCUCAGUCCCUUCCGAGAAUUGGACCACAAGGCCCUCCUGGACCACGAGGACCCCCUGGACCAUCUGGCAAGGACGGCAUUGAUGGAGAGCCAGGCCCUCCUGGUUUGCCAGGCCCACCAGGGCCAAAAGGUGCACCAGGGAAGCCUGGAGCUGCAGGUGAAGCUGGAUUGCCUGGCCUUCCUGGAGUGGAUGGUUUAACAGGAACUGAUGGCCCCCCUGGCCCAAAUGGGCCUCCAGGAGACCGUGGUGCAUUAGGACCUGCUGGGCCACCUGGACCAGCUGGCAAAGGACUACCAGGACCUCCAGGGCCUCCAGGACCCAGUGGGCUCCCAGGUGGACAUGGAUUUCGGGGCCCUUCUGGACCUUUUGGUCUGCCAGGAUUCCCAGGGCCUCCUGGACCACCUGGGCCUCCUGGUCUUCCAGGUGCCCUUCCUGAUGGCGGUGGGGACCUUCAGUGCCCAGCCCUGUGCCCACCAGGUCCCCCAGGCCCCCCAGGAAUGCCAGGCUUCAAGGGACACACUGGUCACAAAGGGGAGCCUGGUGAAGUAGGAAAACAAGGAGAGAAGGGUAACCCUGGCCCUCCCGGCCCUCCUGGAAUUCCCGGCGGUGUUGGCCUGCAGGGCCCAAGAGGACUAAGAGGCCUCCCUGGUCCAAUGGGUCCAGCCGGCGACAGAGGUGACAUUGGAUUCAGAGGCCCACCUGGAAUCCCAGGACCUCCAGGGAAAGCUGGGGACCAAGGGAGCAAAGGACCUCAGGGAUUCCGGGGGCCCAAAGGUGACACUGGUAAACCUGGACCAAAAGGAAACCCAGGGGCUCGUGGACUCAUAGGAGAACCUGGAAUGCCUGGCAAGGAUGGGCGGGAUGGAGCUCCUGGACUCGAUGGUGAGAAGGGUGACACAGCUCCCAUGGGUGCUCCCGGAGAGAAGGGACCAAAUGGACUUCCUGGUCUGCCUGGAAGAGCAGGUAUUAAAGGCUCAAAGGGUGAACCAGGCAGCCCUGGAGAGAUGGGAGAGGCAGGUCCCUCAGGAGAGCCGGGCAUCCCUGGUGAUGUUGGCAUUCCUGGUGAGAGAGGCCUGCCCGGACCCAGAGGAGCAACUGGACCACUUGGCCUCCAAGGCCCCACGGGAGCCCGAGGUGUCCGAGGUUUCCAGGGGCCCAAAGGUGCCAGUGGUGAGCCUGGCCUUCCUGGCCCGACUGGGAUCCGUGGAGAGACAGGUGACAGGGGUCCUGUUGGUGUUCCUGGUCCGAAGGGGAACCAGGGCAUUGCUGGAGCAGAUGGCCUGCCAGGUGACAAAGGAGAGCUGGGUCCCUUUGGACCCCCUGGCCAAAAAGGAGAGCCAGGAAAAAGAGGAGAACUUGGUCCAAAAGGUGUCCAAGGACCUAACGGGACAGCUGGAGCACCAGGGAUCCCAGGACAUCCAGGACCCAUGGGUCACCAGGGAGAGAGGGGUGUCCCUGGCAUCACAGGAAAACCUGGACCUCCUGGAAAAGAGGCCAGUGAACAACAUAUCAGAGAACUCUGUGGGGAAAUGAUAAAUGAGCAAAUUGCACAGUUGGCUGCUAACCUGAGGAAGCCCUUGGCUCCUGGAAUGACGGGACGGCCUGGCCCAGCCGGGCCCCCAGGUCCUCCUGGAACCACGGGAAGUGUUGGGCAUCCUGGUCCUCGGGGGCCUCCUGGAUACAGAGGGCCAACAGGAGAGCUUGGUGAUCCUGGGCCCAGAGGUGACACCGGUGAAAAGGGAGAUAAAGGACCUGUUGGCCAAGGCAUCGAUGGGCCUGAUGGUGACCAAGGGCUGCAGGGACCACCUGGUGUGCCUGGAAUUACCAAAAACGGCCGUGAUGGUGCUCAGGGUGAACCCGGGCUGCCAGGGGAUCCUGGGACUCCUGGGACUGUUGGGGCUCAGGGAACUCCAGGAAUAUGUGACACGUCGGCUUGCAUGGGAGCUGUUGCUGCAUCAACUUCCAAAAAAUCAUAAACCAACAGUACAAGAAGUGAAGAAGUGACUGAAUAUUUAAAUAAACAGUGCAUUGUAAGAAAACAGAAUCCUUCUAGUGCUAAAAGGACAGAUGCUCCUUCUAUUCUAUUAAGUGGAGACUUUGACACAGUUCUAUGAAAAAGAAAGCAUCAGAUGAAAACUUUAAUUAAAAGAUGCUUUAUGACUAUCUUUUCCGCCCCCCAAUUAUUUUCCAGAAUUUUUACUGCUAAACAACCUCACCUUUCCUUCUUCCCUUUGCUCAAGAGACCUGCAGGAGGAAGCAUUGCUCCUUUUUACCAUCACCCCCCAUGUACUAAAGAUCACGACUUUUUGCUAAGAAAGUUUGAGCCUUUUCCACUGAAUUCCUUGGUGCUGCUCCCACUGACUUCAGUCCUGCAGGUUUGUGCACUCAGACACGUUGUUAAGGCACUCAGGCACCGAGCUGCCUCUUCCAUCAGUGGAAAUCAGGCAUUUCAAUAUCCUGUAUUUUAACAUCUGAACCUUCUGGCCUAAGGAAUGACCAUUGCUUUAGUCUGUGCUGCCAGUUAGAAAUUUUCAGAUUGCACCUCAAACAUUUGCCAAGACUAGUAAACAGUAAUCCUCUUGCAAGCAAAUUCUGCAAAAGGAGUAAUGUAAAUAUUUUAAUUUCCAGGGAAGAAUUUUUGUAUAUUUCCAUAUGAUAACGAAGGAAAUGAAGUAACAGCAUUUUCAUGACCUCUACAUCAGCUAUUUGCACAGUAAUUGUGAUGGAACCCCGCCUAAGAACGGAUGCUCUUUUAAACUCCAGCCAAAACCACCUGUAUGAACUGUUGUAAAAAUAAAAGGAGAUUUUUUUUAA